AAAUCGAUGACCGACACCGCAACGGGAGUCCAUUCAAAUGCAAAUGGAGUGGAGAAAGUGCCAACACCCGUUUUUUCUAUAGAAGGAGAGCCAACACAGGAAACAGCUCCCACGAGGAUGGACCCAUUUGACAGGCCAAAAAAUGACAAUGAUCCGUUUGAGGAUGCAUUGAAGAGAUGUCAUAAGAUCCUUGAGAAGCUCGACUGUCCAUUUGUAACGGGCAAAGAGAAGGAUCUCGAUGAAAGCGACGAUAUGACCGAGAACGAAGAUCAUGAUGAAAUGGCCAAUGAGGAUGAUGGAAUUCCAUCGAAUGAAAAGAAAGUUGAAACUAGGAAAAUGGAUUGCACAUCUGGACAGUUGCUUGCUCCAAAGCUGCCGGAAAAGGCUGAAUCCAUAUCCUCAGCAUCAGAAUCUUCCGAAGACAGUGAAAGCGUCGCCAUACUCAAGUACACCGUCAGGACCUGUUAUGCUAUUUGGAAAAAGCGCCAGAAAAAUUCUGAAAUUGCUCUGAAGGGUUUGAUGAUUGUUCUGGAAUUGUGUCUUUCGCAGCCGUCGGCUCGUGACGAUGCGUUCUCUGCACUCUUAGAAACAUUAGGAUACAACACGGUGACGUUCUGGAAAGCAGUGGUCCCGCAAAUCUACAACUCGGAUUUAUCCUAUGCCACCCAGUAUCGUGAAGCACUGCUUUUUUCGUUGGUCUUGUACGAUGUCAAUCACAGUAAAAAUCGUCUGCGAGAACUGUAUGCAGCGGUUCCUGGCGUCCGACAAAGUAUGCUUGGAAUUCGAGCAAAGCAGUUUGGAGAGAGAUAUCGGCAUCUUCAAAUGAAGAUUGCUCGAUCCCGUGCCAGCUCGAGAAUGUCUUCCAAAAUGGGCUCCGAGGAGAAUUUGCCGGCAAUGGCAUCCAUGAUGAACGAUGUAGUGUUCGAUGAAGAGCCUCACACACAAUCACCUUUGGUCGAUAUGUCGCACGACAAGCAACGAGUUAUCAAUGUUUCAAAUGCACCGCCGGUAUCAAUUAGUCGGAAGACAAGCGGGUCUUGGGAGAUCAAACAAGGUUCGGGUGGACUCGUUGCAUGUGUUGAUCCAGUGAUGUCAGCUGAUAAGAAGAACAUUUGGUUAUCGAACCUUGGUGUGAACAUGCAAGAAGAAUUAAAGGAACACUCGACGAGUACGAACUCAUUGGGACUUCCACUGAUAAAACAAGCGUGUGCUGGAGAGGUUUUCUGCGUUUUGGAGCGGAAUGAGAAAAAAGAAGAGUUGACACCAAAGCAGCAAGCAGUGGAAAGCGACAUGUCACUUCUAUCGGUUCUCAACACUUAUAAUAAGCACAGUUAUCAACUUAACCCGGUUGUGGUCAAUCAAGAUGACUACAACACUUAUUACGGAGGAAUCAGUAACGGGCUUCUUUGGCCAGCACUUCACAAUUUGCCACAAUACAUCUCACCUUGCUUUGAUGAUCCGGAGUUGCUCCGCGAGCAGUGGUGUGCCUAUGUACGUGUGAACUACCUCUUUGCAAUUAACGCCGCACGCAACAGUCGUGCUCAGGACUUUAUUUGGAUCCAUGACUAUCACCUCAUGCUUUGUGGGCAAAUCAUGAGAUCUUUGGAAUCCAGUCUUGAUAUCGGAUUCUUCAUUCACAUUCCAUUCCAACCACCAGCAAACUUCAUGACAAAGUAUAAGACGGUGGCUGAUCCAAUUAUGAGGGCAUUGCUGCGAUUCACAAAAGUUGGAUUCCAAACCAGUCGUGACAGAGACACGUUUGUGAAACUUGUUGCCAAACACAUCAAGAGAACAAAAAUUGAGUAUGACUCUCGUCUGGAUCGAUACACUAUUGAACAUGAUGGAUGGACCUGCUCCCUUGGUGUCUUCCCGGUAUCCAUAAAAAUCGCGGAUUUCGUCAAUAUUGCAAAGAAUCCACAGACAAUAAUUGAAGCAGAAGAGAUCAAGAAACAGAUUAUGGGAAGAAGUGCCGAUGGUGGGCAGUUGUUUUUCUCCGUCGAGAGAUUCGACUACACAAAAGGAAUCUCUGAAAAACUGCGUGCCUGGCAGAGAUACUUCGAGAAGUAUCCGGACCGUAUAGGAAAGGAUGUUCUUUUCCAAGUCGCUGUAACAAACAGAAGAUCUGUUGAUUCUUAUCGUCAAUAUCAAGAUGACGUCUUGGCAGUUGCCGAUUUGAUCAAUCAGAAAUUCAAAAGCGAAGACUACCCUGAAUGGAAGCCAGUGAUUUUUGAAACUGACGGUCUUCCAAGAACUCGUCUCAUUGCUCACUACCUUGCAAUGGACAUUGGUGUAGUCACACCUUCCAAGGAUGGAAUGAACCUGGUUGCCAAGGAAAUGCUUGUCUGUAACCCUACAGCUUCAUUGGUUCUGUCCACCGGUGCUGGUACUGAAGUUCAGUUAAGCAAUGCGCAGUUCUAUUCCGAGCAAGAAGGGAAAUGCUAUCAUCGAGUUGAAGAAAUCUCAAAUACUGAAGCAUUUGCGGAUAAUUUCUUCGCCGCAGCAACCGAAAGCAAGGAAACUCGAACUAAGCAUGGAGAAAAGAUUAAUCAAUUCCUGUGCGUUCAUGACAUCGAUGAGUGGAGUGAUCAGUUCCUGGAUCCCAAAUGGACACAUGAAGUUAUCAGUCAAUGCGAGGUGAAACAACUUGGCCAGUUCUAUGGACUUAUGAGUCGCACCGCUCAAGUUCGCCGUCAAAUCGUGGAGUGUGUUCUAAAAGGACUACCAAUUAGACCACACUUCAGAUAUUCGCUGGAAAACGCAAAGAAUUCUCUGGAAAGCUCAUGCAAAAGCGGCACUAAACUCAGUCUGGAAGCUGAUGAAGAGUCUGGAGAGGAAAAAGGUUUUGAAAUCACCUAUGAUAUUCAUGACGAACUGAGUGAAAUGGAAAAAGAUUUGGCAUUCCUAGCUUUCAUUCAAUCUGACGAGUACGAAAAUGCGGAAGAAUUUAUUAAGACUCUCGGAUCAUUCUAUGAAGGUGGCCCAGUAUUAUUCAAGAAUGAGGUCAAACAAGCCGCCGAGAUGUUGCAACAAGGAAUUCACUACAAUACAUUCUUCACUGACCGUGAUGGCACACUGAAGAGCUACGCAUGCUCGUACCCUACCAGUGUGCAGCCAGCAUACUCAGCAGUUAUCCAGGCUCAGUUUGCGCGUCGUUGUGCAACUUUCUGUGCAAUUGUUACUACAGCCCCGCUGCUUCAUACUGGAAUUUUGGAAGUCGCAACAAUUCCAGAAGGAUACUACGCGUAUGGUGCUUCUGCUGGUAGAGAAUGGUACUUAAAUCCUGCUCAACAAUUCAAGGAUCGAUCGUUUUCGGCAAUUGAUCUGAACUUGAUGAACAAGGUGUUUGACAUUAUCGAGGAACUCCUUGAACGCCCAGAGUUCCGCAUCUUCAAAUGGAUUGGUAGUGGAAUUCAAAAACAUUGUGGGCACAUUACUAUUGCCAAGCAAGAUGUGAAUGGAACAAUUCCAUCCCGAAAAGUAAUCAGACUUUAUGAGCAACUUGUCAAGAUAGUUAAUGAUUUUGACCCGAACGGCACAACUCUCACAAUGCGCGAGUCGGACCUUGACUUCAAGAUUUAUGUAAAAGCAAAACUGAAGGGGAGAAUUUUUAACAAAGGUCACGGUAUCCGUCUGGUUAGAGAACGACUGAAGCCAAACAUGUCGAAGGGUAACUGCUUGGUUUGCGGAGACAACGAAUCAGAUAUCCCAAUGCUUGAGGAAUGCCUGAAGUUGGCUGGUUCAAAGGUUUACACAAUUUGGGUAACCGCAGAUACGAAUUUGCAAGAAAAAGUAACCCAACUGUGUGAUCGCUUUAGUUGCUCCAAUAUUCACUUUGUCUCAUGCCCUCAAGUACUUCUCGGAGCAAUGGCCUACGCAACUGCCCAUACGUUGGUUGAUGAGAGAAACCGAAAACUGGAUUACUAUUACGAUUCUGACACUCCAAUGGAUCAGGAGGAAAGUAGUACUCUUGGUGCCUCUCUUGGAACUUCCUUUGGAAAUUGAGAACAAUAAAAUACUCAUUAUUUAUGAUUUUGUUUUUUUAACAGCUUCAUUAUUCGACAUUUCUUUUUCUUACAUCAAAAUAUCUAAAUUCCAGUAUUAACCUCUUUAAUAAUAUUCCAUCCAAGUCCAUCCCGACAUUUCAAUACCGUUUCUUUUUAGUUUGCCUGGUGCACUUUUAUGUUUUCAUCAUCAUAAUACUUGUAAAUACAGUGUCUCUUGUUAGAUUCCUCAUACUUCCCAUCCGCAGCCAAAGUUUUGUCCUCAUGUAUCAUUUCUCUAUGAGAAUUUUAUGGUAGAUAUCGUUUAUUGAACUCUUGUUAAUGUUUUUUUCACAGAAUAAAUGUAUAUUUUUUC